AAAAAAAAGCCGAAACUGUCACGUGACUGCACCCUAUAGUUCAAGAUGGAGACUGCGCGAGCUUCACUGGUAGCUACUGUAGCUAGCUGUUUACAAUAAUCACAAUAUGGCAAAAGCGACGUACUACUGGACAUUUUAACGCUAAUAGCGAGAGUUUUAACUUAACCUGAGAUGCGCAUUUAGCAGCUUUCGACCACAAUGAAGUAAAGUUGUUUGUAAACAUACAACACCUAAAGAAUAUUCAAGAUAAAACGAAACCACUGCCAAUGGUCAUCAACACGAACUCAUUUUGAGUGAGAGGAGAUCGAUAUGGCGCUCAGAGAGUUAAAAGUCUGUCUCCUGGGGGACACUGGCGUUGGAAAGUCGAGUAUUGUUUGGAGAUUUGUGGAGGACAGCUUUGACCCAAACAUCAACCCAACAAUUGGGGCAUCCUUCAUGACCAAGACAGUGCAAUACCAAAACGAGCUGCACAAGUUCCUGAUCUGGGACACGGCAGGACAAGAGCGGUUUCGUGCUCUGGCACCAAUGUACUACAGAGGGUCAGCGGCGGCCAUCAUUGUUUAUGAUAUUACGAAAGAGGAAUCCUUCCAAACACUGAAGAACUGGGUGAAGGAGCUGCGCCAGCAUGGUCCUCCUAAUAUAGUGGUCGCCAUCGCUGGCAACAAAUGUGACCUGACAGACGCCAGGGAAGUGCCAGAGAAGGAUGCCAAGGACUACGCUGACUCCAUCCAUGCCAUCUUUGUAGAAACCAGUGCCAAGAAUGCCAUUAACAUCAACGAGGUGUUUAUAGAGAUAAGUAAGCGCAUUCCCGUUGUCGACGCAGCAGGUGGAACUUCAGGAAAAGCUUUCAAACUCGGACGUCAGGCGUCAGAGUCUCGCAGGACGUGCUGCUGAUGAUGCCGGUGACUGUGCCCAUAUGACCUGUGACCUGACCUUUGCUUACCCUGUGUGUGCCCGGCCUGCUUCAGCUUACAGCCACCACACACCCUCAAACACACUGCCUUCUCUGAUACCGGGGUGCAGCAAUGCCACUCUGAUGACGGGGAUGUCAUGAAAAUUGUUGGCAUGAGAAAUACUUACUGAGCCUUGACAAAUGCCUGCAUUAAAACAUUGAUGUGUAAGUGAAAGACCCCCAUAUAUAUUCAUGAAUUUAGAAAUCAUUUGUACUUAUGUUACAUGUCUUUCAACCAAAACAUGGACUGAAAACGGUUAAAUUUCACCAAAUUAUUACAAUAGCACUGAAGUUUUUGCCUUUUGGGAAAUCUCUCCCCAAACAUGUUAAACUUUGUGAAGGAUCCAUCUAUACAGUUAACGUGCGGAAACACUUAUUUAUCAUAAGAGUUUGAUGAAAGAGGUUAUGUUAGUCAUCAGUGUUUGUACCAAUCAUUAAUCCCAAUGUUUGCUUUCUCAAAGGAGAGAUGGAGAUGUUGGUUAUCAAAGUCAAGCAAGACGGAUUGUGCACACUACAUUUAAGUUUUAUUGUGUGAUUGCUGUUUUCAUCAAAAAAUAUUCAAGGCAAAAAUACCAAGUCGGUGUUUUGAUGUAAAUUGCGAUCACACGGUAGAAAAUGCAGAAAUGAAAAGUGUGUGGGAGCCUACUUCCUUUACAUUAAAGGAAUAGUUUGAAAUUUUUGGGAAAUAUGCUUUAUUUGUGUUCUUGCCUAGGGUGAAAUGAGAAUAUCGAUACCAUUCUCAUGUCUGUAUGGUAAAUAUUAAGCAGAAGCCAGUUAGCACAGCUUAGCAUAAAGACUGGAAACAUGGGGAAACAUUUAGCCUGGCUCUGUCCAAAGGUAACAAAAUCUGCCUACCAGCAGCUCUCAAGCUCACUAAUUAACACGUGAUAUCUGACAGAGCCAGGUUUUUACCCAUUUCAAGGUUUUAUGCUAAGCUAAGCUAACCAGCUGCUGGCCAUUGUCUUAUAUUUAAUAGACAUAUAUGAGAAUGGUAUUGCUCUUCUUAUCUAACUCUCUGCCAGAAAGUGAAUAGGUGUAUUCCCCAAAACAAACUAUUCCUUUAAUUGUAUCUUUGGCUUCUAAGGAUAUUUUGAUCGUCACUUACACCACUGAGAAUGAUAACAAAUUGUUGUAAAAUAUUGUCUCCGUGAUGAGAACGACUGUGCACUCCACAUCUCCCAAUGAUAGGAAUUUAAUCAAGGCUUCAAGUUUAUUAUUAUAUGAUAACAGUUCCAGCUGCUCACAUGUGCUCCACACUUUCACUUGUAAUUACUGAAAAAGUAUUAACUGAAUCUUGUGUAUGAAGUUUCCUGUAGUGGUUUCACAAUAUUACUUUAGCUUUAUUUUUCUCUAAUCUUAUUUUCACUGACGAGCCUUCCUGUCCUCAACCCUUUGCUGCUACUUCACAACAGUUUUACUGAUUGUUGUGAGGUCUUGCCAGAUUCUGUAAUUGUCCCAUAAACAUUUUUCAUCUUUUCUUUUUUUGCACAUAAUCAGCAGUGGCUCACACAUGCAAUGUUUUACUACGUGGCCUGCAAUGAAAACACUGAGAUCUGGAAACUAGACCUCGUUAAGAGGAAACUCCGAUUUUGGAGCUUAAAUCUGCCCUCAGCAGAAGGUUAUAAAUGCAGAAUCAGACGUGGCGCUGUGUCGACAUGCUGACCCCUUAAUGAACCUUAGUCUCCAUUCUGCUCUGAAUUACUGUGCGUGCUUUGUUCCAAGGUCUGCCUUCUGAUUUUUCUUCCUUCAAACUUCUUUUGCCUCAUUCCUUGUUGUAUGUCCAGCUUUUAUUUUGUUUUAAACAAAUGUGGUACACUAUACAGCAGCUUUCACAGAGCUCUGUCAUCCCCUACUACAUUCACUCUGUGAUGCUAUGUUACAGUAGUUUCAUUUAUCUCUUAUAUUGGCCUAAUUGAGGUCAGUUGACUCAUGAGCCCCCACAUACUUAUUAAUUCUUUGUAAUUCCAUGCUUGUCUGUAUCUCUUGAGCCCUUUUAACCCCAAAACCUCUUUUCAAAGUUGCCAAAAAAAUACAGAUGUGGGCUUAAUCAGACUGCAUUUCCACAUUUAUAAAUCUGGAGUGUGUGCUCUUCUGUCAGUGCAAGCCACUUUAUUUGCCUUUUUAAGCAUCUUAAAUAGCUGUUAUUGAUGGGUUGUGUGCAAAGCAGUGCUGCCUAUUUUCAGGAUUUUCCUAUGGAGUGCAAUAGUUGUUAUUAUGACAAAGGUAAAAUGUGACAUAAUCCAAGAAAAUGGAUACAGAGUCAUAAUGUUCACACAGCAGAGCACACACUCGUGCAAAAAAUGUGAUCUCAUUCCAGCAGUCUCAAACAUGAUGAAGUUUAUAUUGACCUCAUUUUAUGCUUUAUUUGAUGACAGUUUUGCUCAGACAUUGUUGAUCAAAUGAGCAGUAUGAUGGGUCCGACCAAAUCUCUUGAAAACCAGAGUGGCAUUUUAGGUCAAAGCUUAAACUUAAAGAGAAUCACUCUGGUACUUUGAAAGCUGCACUUUGACUAUUUGUAUUAAUUAAUUGGCCCUUAUUACUAACUAUCAAUCUGUCUGCAGUCUGUUCAUAUCUGUGUGAUAUCACUUGAUGAAACAUUCUUGUAAAGGUAUCAGACUUCUUAACAUCCCUCAAUGUUAUUUUAGGUUUGGACUGUUUGCUCAGUUAUUGCUACGAAAAAACCUGGUGCCAAAUAAUGUCAACACCAUUUUACUAAACCAAGCUUAAUUAACCUUUCUUAUUUUAUUGUCAAUGUAUGAUAAUGAUUUAAAUUGCUAAUCACUUUAAUGCUUAAAAAUAUUUGAAGUUUAAUAAUGACAUGUUUUUCCCCUUAUUUGGAAACAGGAGGCAUUAAUAGAAAUGGUGUGCCAGUUUUUGCUUUGAAAAAUACCAAUAGUCUUGGGCUGGCCCUGGGAAUGUGUUGAAUCUAUAUUAUGUAUAUUUUUAGUGUAGAUACAUACCAUCCAAUUGCACAUAAAUCAAUGACUAUAUUCUAUUCUAAGCCAGUUGUGUGACCACAAUAGACUUGUGCACGGUUUGCAGUAAUUCCAUCAGCAUUGUAGUUACCAUAUUUAGCUUUUUACUAUGUUUCAUAUUGAUUGUAACAAAUGCCUGAAAACACUUGUUUGCAGUGUAUUUCCAAAUGUGUAAAAAGGGAAUGGUCAAUUUGUUUACUAAUAAAAGAUUGACAAAAG